AGUUUUUUCUUUUUAUAUUUAGUAAGGGCGGUCAUUUUCGUUUUGUCAGCGAUCGUAGAGUGUGAAAAUUAUUGAAAUAUCCGAACAAGAAAAAUGAAUAUUGAGCAAAUUUUUCUGGACUGUGGCCCAAACCAACUUGGGCAGGUAAAAACAUCAUGCCUCAUGCAGUGGAUAUCUGCAAAUCUAGAGACAAACAUGAAUUUUCGAUUUUAUGAUAGGACACUGGAAGAUUUCCAGAAAUUGUUGGACCCAGAAGGCACGGACAAUUUAGUCACUCAAGAACAUUUUGAGAUCUGUAUGAAGACAUGGCUAAGUAGUCAUGUGACAUGCCUAUUGCAGGAAGAUAGCAUUGUUCGAGAUAGUUCUGGAAAUUCAGACAAAAUGCUAAAUUUUUCGUCAGGCACUUUGGAAACAUCUAAUCACAGUUUUGCUGGAGAUGGAGACAUCUUUGCUACUUGCUGCUGUCAUGAAGAAAAUGAGUUGAGAUUGAAAAACGACGAACUGGAGAGGAAAGUACGAAUGUUGUCCAGCAAGAUCAGAGACUUGCAGCACAUGAUCACCAAUCUUGGCGAGGAAAAUGCAGAGGUUGCAGAUGCGUACAAGGGCUGCAAAGAUGACCUCGAAAAGAGUGAAGCCAGAGUGCAGAGGUUGAUGUGGUUGCAAGCUGAGUGUGACCGCCUCAAAGAGGAGGUCGAAGCCAAGGAGUUGCUCUGCUUGUCCUUGGAGAAUGAGCUUCUUGACUUCAAACAGAAACUGUAUAAUAAGGACCAGCAGCUCCGGGACUGCAUGUUUUCCAAAGACGACACCUUCUCCGAAGUGGAAGCUCUGAAGACAGAGUUGCAGGCGGCAGACGAAAAAAUUGCUUUCCAAGCUGUUUUAUUGAAACAAGUGGAUGACGAAAACAAAGUGUUGACUGAAGCAAAUGUGGAAAAUAUAAACAAAAUUAAGGAGUUGGAAAAAAAACUAGAGGUGCAGGCUGUUGUUUUAAAGGAUAUCAAAAAACAGAGAGAUGAUAGUUACACUAAAUUACCGGUGGAAUACAGAUCCCUAAUCCAGGCAGUUGAGAAUAUUGGAGAAACACUGGACCCAUCUGUUGGCAGUAUUGGUGACAGUGAGUGUUCAUCUGAAGUGUAUGGAGCCUUAACUCAAAAUUUGCCAGAAAAGUUCAGCCACUCUUUGUACAAUGAAAUGAAAUGCAUAGAAAUCGAAAAAGACGACAAGGAGACACAAUGUGAUUUUGUGGCCAGUGACGACCCUCAGGACAGCAAAUUAUUUGAAACGAGCGUUGUGUUUGUGGAAACCACUGCCCGUCGACUGUCCCCGAUACACCUGACCUUUCCCGUCCCCCGCGGGGGCGGUGUGGACGAAGCGUGGGCCCGCAGGGACGCUCCCGACGGCAAUGAACAGACGCCCAGGAGGACUCUGAGGAGCAGGGCGUGUCUGGCUUCGCUGGUGACCAGCACGCCCAUCCCUCCGGACCAGGCGGAGCCCAUGGAUCAGUCUGCUUCACCUCGCCCGUCGCUCGCCGACAGGGAGUGUGCCGCGUUUGCAGACUCGGCCGAGGGCUUGGCGGGCAGGUUGGUGUCUGCUGCCACCAUGACCGAUGAGGUGGAGAAGCGGUCCACGGGUUGCCAGGUCUCGCCGUCCCGCCCGGAAGUCCGCCCCAGGCAGAGGAACAGACGGCAGCAGAGCGUCCGGACUCAGACCGACGUGUGUGCCGUCCAGCCCAAGAGCGUCUGCUCCAAGUCCAUGCAAACUGAAACUGUUGUGAGCUGUUUGCCGAGGAAGAGAGUUCGUUCUUCACAAGAUCUGGAGCCGGAGAGUGAGAAGUGCCAAAACAAGAUUGACAGAAGUGCACAGACAGAAUUGUUAGCUGCGAAUUUGAGCUUCGUAGAGUCAGACAAAUGGCUGGAUGGCUCGGUAAUUUCAGGCAGCACCGCCAGUGAGGUGCUGGUGGGCGAGAGGGCAGUUACGGAUGUGCACAGUACGUGUAAUGGUGAUGACUUAAGACUGCGAACCUCUUUGAAAUGUGUACCACUUGCUUGUGAACCUCCCUGCGCAAGGUGGAACCCUCCUGAUGUUGCUGAGGCAGACAGAGCGAUGGAUUGUGGGAGUAUGGUCCAGUUUCCUCUAAGGGAUCUCAAGAUCAUGUCUGAGGGGGAAGAAGAGGCUAGACAUCCGACUGCUAUUGAGAAGGAUGGUUCGACCAGUGCCAUGUGGGACCGUGCCGCCUCGACGGUGAGCUGGACGACGGACCGCCUGGGAGCCUGCCUUUGGGCGGACCGGAGGCUCUGUACCUCCGCUCUGCGCUGCGGCCUGGUGCUGGCACUGUUGCUGAGCUGCUUGCUGUGCGCGUGCGUCGUGCUCGCGCCCGAUCACGCGCAGUCGUGUUCGUGUUGCAGCAUCGCCACCUGCCUCUGCCCCGAGUUCAAGGUGAACCACUUCGGCGAACACCCCAUAUAGUGCAGGCUUCGUACUCAUUAGUUUUAUAUUUUUUUCACAUGACAAGUAGAAAUUUAUAUGUGCAGUGUAAUAUUUUUAUUUAUACACACACACUUUUUGUAGAAUAAAAAUUCAAAUGAAAAACCUUCACUCAUUUAAUUGGUUCUAACUACUUUCAUUAUUUCAGUGCAGUAGUGUGUUUAUGCAUGGUGUAACGUACAAAUUAUGGUUGUUUUCUAGUAAAAAACAAUGUUUUCUUGGUCACAAAGAAGCCUAAUUUCACAAAGGUGAAGAGUUAUUGUGUGAAAGGUACACACUGUUUUUAACAUGCCUUCAAAGUGCUAGUAACAAGCGGAGAGUCGUAAAAAUUAUCAUAAAUAUAUUUCGGAAUAAUUUCUUUAUUUUGUUGUUUAUUGAUUAGGUAGAAGCUAUACCUUCAUUAGUAAUACAUACAUAUUUUGUUAUUAGUUAAAUUCUUUUUAGUUACUGACAAAUAUUGAAGGUGUAAAGCUUUUCUUUUAUUAGAGGUAAUGCUUUGUACUUAAUAACUUAUUAAGACAAUUUGUAUUUUUGCAAUUGGUUGUAUAUUUUCAUGCCACUAAUGUGUAUUUUAACUACAGAACAGUGAAUUUUAUGUCUGCUGGAUUAUUACAGUUUCAUGUUAUGUACGUCCAGUUAACAUUUGGAAAUUUAUUGAAUUUAAUUAUGGUUACAGUGAAACCUCGUUAGUAUGAUAUCUGUUAAUCCAAAAUCCUCGUUAUUAAAAACCUUUUUGAAUCCCAGCAACACGAAUAGGAUUUUAUGUUAAUUCAUUUGUAUAUUACUGGAUAAUAUGUAAUUCAAAGUUCCAUUACAGCCCAAAACUAGUUUUACGUAUAUUUAAUAUCUGAUAAUACAAAGGGGUAAAGUGAAACCCCGUAUUUGCGUUCUCAGUAUUUACAUUUCCCGAGAUUAAUGACAAUUUCUUUAGGUCCCAUUUAUGUGUCAUUAAAUGCAAUUAAAUACUUUCCCCCUCAAUUUACAUUGCGGAAAUUGCUUUCUUUCUGCUAUUCAUGUCUCGUUUACUAUGUAAAAAGUGGUUUUUAUUUACGUAAACUCAUUUAAGACUUUCAUACAAUACAAUUUCCCAUCAGAUAUUAACAAAUGUUUCCAUCCCGCCAUUUCCUCCAUAAGAUUUACAAUGUAAGAGGUACAAUGUCCUAAUGUUGAAGUUGCCAAAAAACUCAGUUUCUUGUAUAAAACUUUUUUUUAAAGUUGAAACCCAUUAUUAGUUAGGAAAUUACUGUUUACUUAUUUAAUAACAGGAAUACAAAGCUGUCCAAUGUGAAAAUUCUCUUUCAGACAUGUUUUCAAAUAUCUGUUCUGUUGCUGUAGUGGAGUGCUGGUUGACACAAUGUUUGGUUAGGUUGAUGCCUUUAUAGAGUGCGUGCACAUAGUUGAGUAUUGCUAUUGAUAGCGUGGGCUCUUGUCUCUUGCCGAGUGAACUAAUUUGACAGCCCACACACUUUCGUGGUUAGUGUAUACCAUGACAAUAUUAUAGGUAUGCUAGUUAGUUCUGUGUCACACUUAGGUCAUGCUUUUCGUUGUUUUAUUUUAAGUUGACACAAAAUAUUUUUGUAUCAUAUUAUUUAUGUACUAGGUAGUUAUAGUGUCUAUUAAAAUUGAGAUUAAAUGCAAAAGUAGAGCAUUUGUUUGAUGUGUAAAUGCUCAUUAAUAUAAUAUCUUAUUAUAUAAAAAUAUUUUUUUAAACACUUCCAUUAUUUUGUAUGUGCUUAUUUAUUUAACCAUAUAAUACAAGUAAGAAUAAUUAAUUUAAUGAAAAAUAAAUUAAAACUGUUUGUGGUCUUUUUAUGUCAUGUAUUUUGGGCAUGGCUCGAGUAUUGAUUAUAUAUUAGUGGGCUAUUAUACAUUUAAUUUUUCUUUAAUGUAAAAGUAUAUGAGGUACUUAUGUAUUAGAUAAUUUUAGGAGUUUUCCACUCAAUUUACAUUUUCCUGCAAUACUGACACUGAAAUAAAGCUUUUGACCAUUUGUGUGGCUUUCUGCAAAGUGUUUAUUAGAUAUGUAAUAAGUUGUAGCAAAAUACCAUCCAAAAUUGUAAAAUAAUACUGUGUUAACUUUUAUGUAGUUGAACCAUGUUUUUACUUAAGCGAAUGCUGUAAUGCAGUACACAAUAUUCUUUUGUUUUGACAAUGUACAAAUUAUGUGUGUGAUGUGGGGAAGUAUAGUUAUUAGAAACCUAGUUAUUACAAAAUGGAUAAAUUUCUGUUCCAAUGAAGUUUGAGGUUUUACUGUUAAUCAUAUUUCUAGUGGUGAAUUAAAAUACUGUAACAUUUAAAGUACUUAAAUUAGGUUAACUGCUAGGGACCUUGGUACCUAUUUAUCAUUGAUUGUUGUAUCAUUUUAAUAUAAAUGUACAAUGCCAGACAAUAAAAAUCUUAAAUUUA